AGUAUCCUCACUGGUUACCGUUGUAUAGAUAACUGCUACUAAAUAACGGUAUUUUAUAUCGUUGUUAGUAUUUUUAGUUCUGUUUUGACUGGAGAAAAGUUGGACUACUUCAAAGUUUAUAAAGGCCAUGCCUUCUACUGUAGAGCAAAGUGGUACAGUGGCCACACCACAAAUUGCCUUACUUUCUUUGCAGGUGAUUCGCCAGGCUACCACUGGCACCUUGGUGCUGGGUGAGCCCCUUAAUUACCGUAGUGGUACUAGGGUAUAUCCAGUCAGUGAGGGAACUGAAACAACGAGGAUUCCUGUACGUGAACCUGCUACUGGUUGCUUGAUCUGUGAAUUUACUCCCUCUGGACAGCAGGAAGUAGAGCUGGCUAUUAAGUGUGCCAAAGAGGCCUUUCAGAAAUGGGGUCAGAUGUCCGGACUACAGAGGAGCCGCAUACUGCUGGAAGUUGCAAGGCUUAUACGGGAGCAGAGAGAGGAAAUAGCAGUUGUGGAGUCCAUCAAUAAUGGAAAGUCUAUCUUUGAAGCUCGACUAGAUGUAGACAGUGCUUGGGAGUGCUUUGAGUACUAUGCUGGCCUUGCUUCAACCAUAUCUGGUCAGCACAUUCAGCUCCCUGCUGGGUCAUUUGCCUAUACUAGAAGAGAACCACUUGGUGUCUGUGUUGGAAUUGGAGCCUGGAAUUAUCCUUUUCAAAUAACCUGCAGCAAGGCUGCUCCUGCAUUGGCAUGUGGUAAUGCAGUGGUCUUUAAACCCUCACCUCUGACCCCAAUUACAACUGUGAUACUGGCAGAAAUUCUUACUCAGGCUGGGGUUCCUGAUGGACUUUUCAAUGUUGUACAGGGGGAUGUUGCAACAGGACAGUUCCUCUGUAAGCAUCCUGAUAUAGCAAAAAUCUCAUUCACUGGGAGUGUUCCUACAGGCACGAAGGUUAUGGAAAUGGCUGCAGCAGGGAUAAAACCAGUUACCCUGGAACUAGGAGGCAAAUCUCCUUUAAUUAUUUUCUCUGAUUGUGAAUUAGAAAAUGCUGUUAAAGGAGCACUACUGGCCAAUUUCCUUACUCAAGGAGAGGUUUGCUGUAAUGGUACAAGGGUAUUUGUUCAAAGAGAGAUUAUGGAAAAAUUUGUGGCAGAAGUGGUGAAACGCACACGAGCAAUCAAAAUUGGUGACCCCCUGCUUGAGGACACACGGAUGGGUGCACUUAUUAGCCUGCCACAUCUUAAUAGGGUGCUUGGCUUUGUGAAAGUAGCAAAGGAACAGGGGGCUACAGUCUUGUGUGGUGGAGAGCAGUAUAUACCUGAAGACCCCAAACUGAAAGAAGGAUAUUUCAUGACACCCUGCAUACUAGGAAACUGCACAGAUGAUAUGGCUUGUGUCAAGGAAGAGAUAUUUGGUCCUGUGAUGUCUGUUCUGGAGUUUGUUACAGAGGAAGAAGUCUUACAGAGGGCAAAUAACACAACCUAUGGACUGGCUUCUGGAGUCUUUACCAGAGACAUUACUCGAGCUCAUAGAGUGGCAGCUGCCCUCCAGGCUGGAACAUGCUACAUAAAUAACUACAACCUGGCUCAGAUUGAAGUGCCUUUUGGAGGAUAUAAAAUGUCAGGGUUUGGACGAGAAAAUGGGCAAGUUACAAUUGAAUACUACACUCAACUCAAAACUGUUUAUGUGGAGAUGGGAAAUGUUGAAAGCCCCUUUUAAACCACUUCUUCCUAAACCAUAGUUAAGCUCAGCAUUGUACCUGAAGUCUGCACUUUUAUUGGUUAGCACUUAGAGGAAUAAUUUUGCUGUGUUUCUGAUCCCUUUCGUGUAUUACAAGUCACUCAUGAAGUCACUUUUGUAUGAUGUAAUAAAAGUGCACUUGCACUAAGUAGUUAAUUUAAGAACACUAACAAAAUAAGUUGAUGAUUAGUAUCUGGAAGAAAUGAGAAACUGUUCGGUUUCAUUAAUACAUUUUUUUACUUUAAUUGGAGGUUCUGCGGUAGUACAAGAGUAUUUCCACUGUCAUAAAUAUAUUUCUUCCUUUCAUGUAAAUAGAAACAUGUUGAAAAACUUGUGCUGGAAUAGGAUCAGAUUCCUCUGGUUUGUACUACUUCCAGGUGUUAAUGUGCUAAACAAUAAAUAUUUAAUUCUU